AUGAACAACCACGACUCGCAUAUCAGCUUACCGCUAAUACAGGCUGCACGGGCAAACGACAUUGUCCUUAUCGGGCUUCCAAGCCACACCACUCACCUUCUACAGCCACUUGACGUUCACAUUAAUGGUCCAUUAAAGCAGAAGGUUUCAAAGAUAUGCAACAAUCUCGGAUUCCUGAGACCAGGUGUGGCCAUAUCGAAGGCGAAGCUCCCGGUCAUAAUUUCACAUGCAUUCGACCAGACAUCUCCUUCCAGCAUAAAGGAGGCUUUCAGGCUAUCGGGCAUCUUCCCAGUGGACAGGAAGCAGAUACCAGAUGCCGAGCUGGUUCCACCAACCAUAGACGUAUCUCUACCACAAGAUACCGAACCGAUCCGUAGCUGUCAUGCCUGUGGUAGCUUUAUCGGGGAUAAUCCUCUCGUGAAGAGAGGGCUGGUGCAAAGACAUCUUUGGGACAUAUUAGUGCCACCACCAAUGCCGGCUGCCCCGAUUAAGAAACCAAGCGCCAAGAUUGUGGCGACAGGAAGAGUGAUAUCGAGCGACGAUAUAUUAGAGUCGUUGAAGGCGAAUGAAACUGAGGCUGCAGAAAGAAAGGUUGCUGCAGAAACACGCGCGAAGGAAAGGGAGGAGAAGAGGAAACAGCGUUUAGAUCAUGAGGCAGAGCGGUUGUCGAAAAGGCAGCGGAGGGAACAUGAGAAAAUGGAGAAAGAUUUAGAGCGCGAGAACUUGAGACGUGAAAGACAGACAUUUGGUAGACUGGCCGAUAAAAAAUAUACGUGUGGGUUGUGUGGGAUUCGGGCAAGAGUGAAUGACGAGAAAGAGGGCGUGGAAUGGUAUGGGUGUGACAGGGCAGAGGAUUGUAAACGGAGUGGAUGGUAUCAUUUUAGUUGCCUGAGUGAAAGUGAGCAGAUGUCGUUGCAAGAAAGUUUGGAUACCGGGAGUGAGUGGGUGUGCUUGUUUUGUUCUGAAGAAUAAUAAUAAUAUGUUUGUUAUAUGAGUACCGUAUGUUUCA